UUUGACAGGACAGGGUCGGAAGGGGAUUCCUAGCCGGGAGCGGAGCGCUAGGAUCCGGGGUGCGGGAACACUAGCAGCCGCUCUCCGCACUAACUUUCCUCCCUCCUCAGAGGGGCUCCUGCUUCAGAGCCCGGCAACUGGCGGCCGUCGCCCGUGCAGCCCUAGGGCCCUUCGUCUCCCCUGCACGUGCCGCGCCCUGCGCGCCGCGUCCGGCCGCCAAGAUGAGCGAGCUUAAUACCAAAACAUCCCCAGCAACCAACCAGGCAUCUGUCCCAGAGGAAAAGGGGAAAGCUGGCAAUGCCAAGAAGGCUGAGGAAGAGGAGGAGAUUGACAUUGAUCUGACGGCACCAGAAACGGAGAAGGCUGCCCUUGCUAUUCAGGGCAAGUUCCGUCGAUUCCAGAAAAGGAAAAAGGAUCCCAGCUCCUGAAUAUUCAGCCUUGCCCUUCACCCUACUCCCUUCUCUCUCCUUCUCCACAACUCUCCUAUGUAUCUUUGUCUCUUUGUCCCUCUAGCUUCUCAGUGAGGCAAAUUCAACCCUUGUACAUUAUUUUCUCUGGCCCCCUCAAGCCAUUGUAGCCAUAGAGGCACAAAGGAACACGGGAAAGAUGAAGAAUUCAAUUGGAAGCCACUAGCCUAAGGGUGGACCUGUUUCUCCAGGGGAUACAGUUCCUUGAUCAGUACCUAUGCCUGCCCUAUGAAGUUGAUGAACAAGAGGCUUCGAGGUUGAGAGAGGGACCCCUGACGAUGUGGAAGGGAAGGGAGAGCCUUCAGAGUCGGGUGCCCAAGGGUAGGGCAUGUAUGCUGUUCUGCUGGUUACAACAGUCACACUUCAGGUAGCACUUUCCCCCCUUCACGUCCUCCUCACCAGCACCUCAACUUCCCUCCAAUGAGCUAAGCCACAGUGGGGAUUGGAACCUCCCUCUCCCCUCAGCAGACUUAAAAUCAAGCUGCUUCCAUGUUAGUGCAUGUCAAGUAGACUAGUACCAAAGGAAGGGAGGCUGGGACUGGUAGAGACAAGGAAAAGUUUCCUUCAUCAUCUAGUCUAGAAUCAUAACGGGCAGGAGUCAAAGAGGUUCAAGGGGCCACAAGCGGGGAAAUGGGAGCUCGGGGAGAUUGGGGAAGGAAAGAAAAAUGAAGGAGGGGGAGAUCUCUAAAGAUACAAGUUCCUGCCUGUGAAGGUGUACGAUAUGAAGGAUUCUUGGGGUUUUGCUGAGCUGCCUACCUCUAACCCCUCACGUCUAGCCAUCCCCAGAGGCCACACAAACCAAGUGACCCCUGCUGUGGCCACCUGCCCCACCAUGCCAUCAGAGCAGAAGUGAAAUAGCCACUCUGUGUGAUUUUAGCAUGUUUAAUAAUUAUGAAAAUAACAGUAAUAAAAAAAAACCUCAUGUGGGGCCAUUUAACCUUUAUUUCUGCUUUUUUUUCUUGGGAGGGAUAUGAAUGUCAGCCUGAGCUGGCCUCAGGGGAGGGUGGUAGAGUAAUUGCAUAUCACUACAUGAAGGCACAAGAACCGAACACAGAAAUUUGAGAAUGAAAUUCCUUCCUACCUUCCCCCGACCUUGUCCUCACCUUGAUUCACUACCUACAUUGUCUUUAACUGCUGCUGUUGCCGCCCCCGGUGUGCACCUGCAAGGAUGCUCUUCUCCUUCCCUUUCCCCUUCCAACUGAGAGCAUGCUUGGUGGAUCUCCCUCUGAAAACAAACCCUAUCUUCCUUGCUCUCUAUCCCCAAAUGAUCUAUGCUAGCUAUCUCUCUUGCUUUGUCUUCCUCCCCCAUUCGCCCUCUCCUCCCAUUGUUUUAUCAAACUUAGGAGAAGUAGAAGACUCUGGGUCAACAGAGAGCACCACUGUCACACUGAAGAUUUCAAACCAUGAAUAAAAUGAUGGCUUUCAAAUGA